AUAGUUUGUUGAACAAGGCAUUCCUGUUUAUGCUAAACAUACAUAAUGACAUUUUUUCAGCAACUGAAAAGUAGCCGCAAUGAGUACCUCAAACUGAAGGCACGUGUUGAUAAUUUACAGGGGACUCAAAGGAACUUGCUUGGCGAAGAUCUCGAGUCAUUAGGCAUAAAAGAGCUGGAGCACCUGGAGAAGCAGCUCGAUUCGUCCUUGAAGCACAUAAGAUCUACAAGGACACAACACAUGGUUGAUCAACUGACAGAACUUCAGAAAAAAGAACAAAUGUUUUGUGAAGCAAAUAAGUGUCUUCGAAGAAGAGUAAGUUGUAAAAUUCAUUGCAUCAUUCAAACAAACAUUUUUAUGACGUUUCUUUUGCGGUCCCUGUCAUAGUAUCAUUGCAUUUGU